AACGUUCCUCGCUUAAUAAACAGAGGGUGGUAAAGUGGGCUGCUGGGAUAAGAGAGAAGGAAACAGAAAAAAAAAGUAUUUCACACACAUGCACACAGAAGAAGAAGGGAGGUGCUCGACAAUUCCUCCCUUUUGCGCGGAUUUAAGCGGCUGCAAACAUUUGAACAAGGUGCAGCACAAUGUUGGGAGUGCUCCUCAUUCUGUCUUUCGCACACCUGGUGGCACUGGCGCCUCAUCCCGAUGACCCCUUUGUACCCUGCAGACGUUGCUGCGAUCACCUUCAACCAACAGAGGACAGCCCAUCUCCGCCCCCAAUGGGGAUGUAUAACCAGGUCCCCGAAGUCCGCACCUACAUCAACAUGACCAUCCUUAAAGGUGACAAAGGAGACCGCGGUGAUCGAGGGACACCAGGUAAGACCGGACAGGAAGGCCCUUCAGGACCCGCCGGCCCAACGGGCUCAAAAGGCUCAAAGGGCCAGGCUGGCCUUCCAGGUGACCCCUGCAAAGUUAACCACGCCGCUUUCUCCGUUGGGCGUCGCAAGUCCCUCCACAGCCUGGAGGCCUACCAGACGCUGAUAUUUGACACGGUUUUCGUAAACCUCGACGACAACUUCAAUAUGUUCAGCGGGAAGUACGUCUGCCACACGCCCGGCGUCUAUUUCUUCAACGUCAACAUCCACACAUGGAACUUCAAGGAGACGUACCUGCACAUCAUGCGGAACGAGGCCGAGCAGGCCAUCGUGUACGCCCAGCCCAGCGACCGCUCCAUCAUGCAGAGCCAGAGCCUCAUGCUGGACUUGGGCCUCGGCGACGAGGUGUGGAUCCGCCUGUACAAGAGGGAACGGGAGAAUGCAAUUUACAGCGACGAUGUGGAUAUUUACAUCACUUUCAACGGAUACCUCAUCAGAGCAAGCACAGAGUAAUGUUGUGUUCGUUGUAAGCAUCACAACAUUGUAAUAAAUAAUAAAUAUUUAAGCUUAAUAUUGCAUGCAGGUUACAA